UUGCCUUCCCGGACUUCUCUCGUUCUUCGUCUCCCUAAUUUCAGCAUUGCCUUCGCUUCGCCCUCUGCCCAUUCGCGCCGUAAGCUCGCUCUCUCUCUCUCUCUCUCUCUCUCUCUCUACUGUUUUGGUUGCUCGGAAGCAGAGGAAACUGGGAGAAAAGGCGAUUGGAAUUGAAGAGGGUCGUCGAGAAUGGUGGAGAAGACCACUGGGAGAAAAGAGGAGGUGGUCACUAGAGAGUACACCAUCAACCUCCACAAGCGCCUUCAUGGCUGCACCUUUAAGAAGAAAGCUCCCAAUGCCAUAAAGGAGAUCAGGAAGUUUGCCCAGAAAGCCAUGGGAACCACGGAUGUUAGAGUUGAUGUGAAGCUGAACAAGCACAUAUGGAGCAGGGGGAUCCGAAGCGUUCCAAGGAGGAUCAGGGUCCGCGUCGCACGCAAGAGGAACGAGGAUGAAGACGCCAAGGAAGAGCUGUACUCUCUCGUCACCGUCGCCGAGAUCCCUCCGGAGGGGAUAAAGGGGCUGGGUACCAAGAUCAUCGAGGACGAUGAGUAGUUUUGGUUUUUGCUACAGUUGAUUGUAUUGACCCUACAUGCUGUUGGCAUAUCAGCUUUGUCAAGCAUUUUCAUUAUCAUAUGAGCUUUAUGGGACACACAAGUUAGUUGCUUGACUGUUCUUUUGCAAGAUUGUCGAAUGAAAUUCCAGUUCUGCUUCUUUGA